AUGAUGGAUUCGAUGGAUUUCCACCUUAUAAUGGCGUUCAUCUAUCUUCCCGUGAUUCUCAUCGGCCUUCUCGGCAACUCGCUAUCCUAUUACGCCUAUCGAAGGCCGAAGAGGAAGUCGAAGCACGUCGCUUUUCUACUAUACUCAUUAUCACUAUCCGACGCGUUUCUGCUAAUCUUCGCGUUGCCCUUAUUCAGUAUAAUGUACCUCCCAAUAUGGUCCGACGUCGAGAAGCAAUACGUCGUGGCCUACACGGCCAAGUACAUCUACCCGUUAUGCAUGAUGGCGAAGACGUGCAGCUUGUAUAUUAUGGUUACGAUAACAGUGGAGCGAUGGAUUGCGGUUUGUAGGCCGUUGGAGGCUCAAAUAUGGUGUCAAUACACGACGUCGCAAAAAACGCGAACGAUUAUUGUGAUUUGUGCGGUUCUUCUGAAUUUUCCGAAAUUCUUCGAAUUUGAGAUUGAAGAAAUUAACGGCGUUUUUCAAUUUCGCCGAGAAUUGCUCGAUCCCGAAAAACAUUGGUGGUAUUUUAUGAUCUACUUCAUCGGCAUUUCCAUCAUCUUCGACUAUAUGCUCCCAUUCGCGAUAAUGUCGAUCGCCAACACGCAGAUCAUCGGCGAAUUGCGUCGAAAGAAGCGAGAACGCCAAUUAAUGACUACUCAGCAGCAAAAAGAGCAAAACACUACAGUAAUGUUGCUGGUGAUCACAAUUUUCUUCGGCUUUUGCCAUUUUUUCUCAAUGGGCUUGAAAAUUGCCGAAAGUUUUGCUGGCGGAUUCUUAACUAUUCAGAAUAUUUAUUGGGAAAUGCUUGGCGAGGUGUUCAACUUUUUGAUCAUCCUUCACACCGCUUCGACAUUUUUCGUCUACUACAUUUUCUCGGAGAAAUUCCGAACGGUUAUUCAAGGAAUUUGGAAGUUCGGUUAUAAGUAUCGCCAAAAACGAAUACGAAAACAACCCAUUUCUGCAUGUCGAGAAGCCAUGUAUUAUCUCGGCUUCAUGGCGAAGACGAUGUUCUUCAAAUCAUCGUUUUACAUUCUCGACAUGUCGAUGCAAUUGCUCUCAAUGAUUUGGAAUUUCGAGGCGAUCCUCUCAUUCAUCUUUUUGAUGUAUUGGCAGAAGAAUGGCCAACUCGCCGGGCUGAAAGAGAAAUUGGCGGGUUGCCAAAACUACAAAGGGGUCCAAGAGAAGACGAGCAAGUUUCAGAAUAACGCCGGAAUAUUUCUCGCCUUGUAUGUCGCCGUUCUCAUUUUCAAUUGCACAUACUAUUUGAAAUUUUAUUUCGAGGAGACCCACUCAAUUUGGGCGUUGAAAAUUUCAACGAUGUUCUACUUCCGACGAUUACGCUUCCUCACAUCGAUUAUAACAACCUAUAUGUACUUCGUAUGGCUCACUGCGAUUUAUGUCUUCGUCACUUUCACGAAUGUUGUUUGCCUAGAGGUCAAACAAUUGAAUCGAGAUAUUCAGAAGAUAAAUGGGGAUUCGGAGAAAGUGAAAAGCGAGUUGCUGGAGAAAUUGGAGCUUUUUCAGAAGCUGAGCAAAGUCAUUCAUGAUUUGGACGAUAUUUUUAAGAAUCUCACCUCGAUCACCGACUUCCUCAUAUGCACCCCAUUCAUCGCAUUCUGCGUUUGCUCGUUUUGCUCGGUGACGGUGGCGCCGGCGCGUUUACACGACGAGAUACGAGCAACGAAGAGCGCCGUGUUUGGGAAUCACGCCAUCUGGUUCCCAUAUGAUGGCGAGGUGCACGGCCUCGCGCACGUGUUCGCCUCACACGUCGACCAAAAUAGUCUCGGCAUCACGAUUUGGGGCUUCGCCGUCGUCUCGAGACCAUUAAUAUUGGCGACCCGCUCAGCCACUGGAAUGAUGCUCUCGCUGCUUUCGGAGUUCUCGCCGUCUCGCGACGAAUGA